AUGAACGCAACAUUCGCAGAAGUUGUAAAAUCAUCUGGUAAUCGUGCAGUUAGAUCAAAUCCUCCACAUGAUUUGGAUUUCCAUUUAACUGAACAAGGUUCAGACUGGUUGUGGGCUUUGUUCUCCAUCUUCGGUUGUUUAGCCGUUGUUUACAUUGCCUUCUUCUUUAUUGCAGAAGCUAAGGGCACUUCAUUAACUAAAUACGCAUUAGCAACAACUUUAUUGAUUUCAAUGUUUAAUGCCUUUGGUUAUUUCACAUAUGCUUCUAACUUAGGUUGGGCUGGUAUUCAAGCUGAAUUUAAUCAUUUACAUGUCCAUCCAAGUAUUACUGGUUUAUCUCCAGGUGUGAGACAAAUCUUUUAUGCUAAAUAUUGUGCAUGGUUCUUAUCUUGGCCAUUAUUAAUCUUCUUAAAUGAAAUGACUGGUAUGUCAAUCAGUGAAGAAGGUAAAUUAGAUGAGUUAAGUGUUGUGGAUACUGUGCAUUCAUUAUUAUUCCAAAUUUUAGGUACUGAAUUUUGGGUUGUUUCCUUAUUAGUGGGUUCUUUAAUUAAGUCCACUUAUAAGUGGGGUUACUGGGUCUUUGGUUGUGUUGCAAUGUUACUUGUUGAAUACAUUUUCAUUAAGAGACAAUUUAUUGAUUUAAGAAUCAGAGGCUUUACUAUGUGCAUGCAUAUUACUUAUUUGAUCAUUAUGUGGUUGUACUUCAUAUGUUGGGGUUUAUCUGAGGGUGGUAACAAGAUUCAACCAGAUUCUGAAUCUGUCUUUUACGGUGUCUUAGAUUUCUGUAUCUUUGCAGUUUAUCCAGGUUACUUGUGUUUCAUUGCUCAACAUUAUGGUAAAACCCCAAAGAUGUCAAUGAACAUGAAGAGUCCAUUCCAUAAGCAUCAUGAUGAUGAAGAAGAUCAAUAUGAAGCUAAGGAAGUUGAAUCUUCCUCUCCAAGAAAUUCAGGUGAAACUCAAGUGCAACCUGAAGAAGAACAUGAAGAAGAACCUCAAGCUCAAGUUCAAGCUUAG